AUGAGGCGGAUCCUGAUCUCCACUUCCCGGUUGCCCAGCUGGCCAGGACAGAGACGAUGCUCCUUCACGCCAUGGCAACAAGCGCCACACUGGAGCAUCGCCAGCCGUCGGGCGUCGAUUGUCACAGCUGAAGACAAGCCGCCCAUCGCAUUUCGCCACGAAGACUUGGCGCGAAUGGUAGAGGAAGCCCGCGGCCCAGCUUCGCGAAGGUCUGGAAUAAUGGCUGGACUUGGACAGUCUGCCUAUCAAUAUGCAUAUCGUUCAUCUCUUCGUGGUUGGAGCCGCCAUGUCGCCGGAAGGGUCCGAGAAAGGGAUGGUAGAAAAGGGAGGCAAUCUGAUGUGGACGCUUGCCAUUUAUUAGACCUUGUUCUUGAGCAGGGCGGUUUGUGUGCCUAUUCUGGCUUGCCCAUGGAGCUGCUGAAGCCGCACUCACAUUGGAGGGUUUCCAUCGAAAGAAUGGACAGCAGCCACGGGUAUCUCAAAGGCAACUGCUGUCUUGUUGCCGCAGAGUUUAACUCAACAGUCCACAAGGUGGGUGAUGACACGGCCAGUCUGGCCGGAUCUGCGCAGUGGUCUAAGCAAAAGGUGUGGGAGGUUGUCCGUGCGCGGACGGAACAGGUGCAACUGCAAGGGUUGCACGGAAACAUUGCUGUUGCAAGACGAAGGCCAGUUCAGACACGCGGCAGCAGAUUCAACAGAUACCGAGGCCCACAUGAGGACGGCACAUGGCGAUGUGCACGCUGUGGGGUCUGGAAAGAGGUUACUCAGUUUAACAAGCAAACUGCGAGCAGUCGCGGUAUACAAAGCCACUGCAAACGAUGUAACACGGAAUUCCUUUCCGCAUAUUUGCAAACUAUACGGGGCCACGGGCUUGCAUUGCUGGGAAGCGCCCGCCGGCGGGCAUUGACAAGCACAAAACUCAAUGGAAGUUUUGAUCUCCAAUUGUGCGACUUACUUGACAUGCUGUGGCUCCAAGGUGGCCGCUGCUACUACUCCGGGGUGCCGCUACAUUGUGCACGCGGCCCCGCGGACUGGGUCUGGUCCCUUGAACGCCUUGACAACUCCGUGACGUACACCAAGGAGAACUGUGUGUUGAUUGCCCGAGAGUUCCAGACAUCGGACCAGAGCCGCAACAAAGCAAGAUAUCCAGUGUUUGGCACUGCGCAGUGGUCGCGCAGCAAGGCCAGCCAUGUUUGGGGGCCAUACUUCUAG